AGCCUUCCUCUCAACCCUAGCGCCGCCGCCGCCGCCCUUCGACCAACCGCGCUCCUAGCGCUGAGCUCCGGCGAAGGUCAGGCAAGCGAGGCAGGAUGUACACCGCGAGGAAGAAGAUCCAGAAGGACAAGGGCCUUGAGCCCUCUGAGUUCGAGACCUCCGUGGCGCAGGCGUUCUUCGACCUGGAGAAUGCGAACCAGGAGCUCAAGAGCGACCUCAGGGACCUCUACAUCAAUUCUGCCUUCCAGAUGGACGUGGCCGGGAGUAGGAAGGCGGUGGUGAUCCACGUGCCCUACAGGCUGCGCAAGGCCUUCAAGAAGAUCCACGUCAGGCUCGUCAGGGAGCUGGAGAAGAAGUUCAGCGGCAAGGAUGUGGUGAUUGUUGCAACAAGGCGGAUCGUGAGGCCACCCAAGAAGGGUUCUGCUGUUGUUCGCCCACGCACCAGAACUCUAACUGCUGUUCAUGAUGGUAUCUUGGAGGAUGUUGUCUACCCGGCUGAGAUUGUGGGAAAACGUGUCAGAUAUCACCUUGAUGGAUCAAAGAUCAUCAAGAUCUUCUUGGACCCAAAGGAGCGCAACAACACUGAGUACAAGCUGGAGACAUUCAGUGCUGUGUACCGCAGGCUUUGCGGGAAGGAUGUGGUCUAUGAGUACCCUGUGACCGAUACUGCCUGAGGAUGCAUCCUGUUGGAUAGCUGACUGUUUUCAUGUAUCAGAUUCUGGGUAUCUUGCUUGAAUAUUUGUCACACCUACUAUGUAUUCUAGAAAUCAAAAUCAAUAGUUUCAAUGCAGAACCUGGUGUUUAGGCCACGAUUGCAAACAAUCAUGAAAAAUGUCGAAUUUUGCUCGCUAAGUUGUGAUAUAUUCACUACAUUAUCUGCCUAUGAUGGUGCGUUUUCAUCAUUUCAUUUUUUA